GGAGCAAAAAGACUUGAAAAAAAAAAAGACCCUUUGGAAUGUCCCUGAGUAUACGAUCUGACCAAACUUAAGAACAUGCAGUACCUGAUAUAGAAAUCCCGUCUGCCGAGCGAAAACUAGAAGAGCAUGUCGGGUCAGAAGGCGCGCUCUUUUCUCCAGGGCUUGUCCCGCAGGAAGCCCCUGGAGCCCGAGGGCGAGGUCUCCACCUUCCACCGUUGCCUGGCAACACUGGACCUGGUGGCGCUGGGCGUGGGCAGUACGCUGGGCGCCGGCGUCUAUGUGCUGUCCGGCGAGGUGGCGCGUACCCAGUCGGGGCCCAGCAUCAUCAUCUCCUUCUUUAUCGCCGCGCUGGCGUCCAUUUUCGCCGGCCUGUGCUACUCGGAGUUCGGCUCGCGCGUGCCCAAGACGGGAUCGGCGUACCUGUACAGCUACGUGACCGUGGGAGAGGUGUGGGCCUUCAUCACCGGCUGGAACCUGCUGCUGUCCUACGUCAUAGGCACAUCAAGUGUGGCCCGAGCCUGGAGUGGCACGUUUGACGACAUGAUUGGAAACGUAAUGGUCAACUACUUCAGUAAGCACGCAGCCAUGGGACUGCCCGGGCUGGCCCCCUACCCUGACGUGUUCGCAGCGGCCCUCAUCAUGCUGCUGGCAGGUCUCCUUGCUUAUGGUGUGAAGGAAUCAACAACAGUCAAUAAGAUAUUCACCCUUGUGAACAUACUGGUGCUGGUCUUUGUCAUAAUAUCUGGCUUCAUCAAAGGAAAAAUUGAUAACUGGUACAUCACAGAGGAAAUGCUACAGAACGUUACAGCUCAGCUUGAUAACCUGACAUCGUCGGUCAAUGUGACGAGCGUAUAUGGAGUGGGCGGGUUCUUCCCCUUUGGUUUCGAAGGAACACUGGCAGGGGCUGCCACCUGCUUCUAUGCCUUUGUGGGUUUCGACUGCAUUGCGACCACAGGUGAGGAGGUCAAGAACCCCCAGAAGUCCAUCCCGCUGGGCAUCGUGGGCUCGCUGCUCAUCUGCUUCCUGGCGUACUGCGGCGUGUCGGCCGCCCUCACCCUCAUGAUGCCCUACUACCUGCUCGACCUCCACAGCCCGCUGCCCGUGGCCUUCACCUACAUCGGCUGGGGGGCAGCCAAGUACGUGGUGGCCGUGGGCUCCCUGUGUGCCCUGUCCACCAGUCUCCUCGGCUCUAUGUUCCCGAUGCCUCGCGUGCUCUUCGCCAUGGCCCGAGAUGGCCUGAUGUUCAAGGCCCUGCGUAAGGUCAACGUUCGCCAGAGUCCUGCGGUGGCUACUAUCUCCUCUGGCACUGUGGCAGCAAUAAUGGCCCUUUUAUUUGACCUGAAAGCCUUGGUUGAUAUGAUGUCUAUCGGGACCCUGUUCGCCUACACACUCGUGGCCAUUUGCAUUCUCAUACUCCGGUACCAAGAGAGUACUUCUGAGGAGAAUCUCUUUCACACAUCCCCGACCCCCACGUUUGCUUUCCUGAAACCUCCAUCCUACCCAACAAGGGAAACUUCAAAAACAGUCACAACAUGCACCAUAUUUGCUGUUGUGGUGGUGGUCAUCCUGAGUGUGUUCAUGAUGAAGGCCAUCCAGCCGCUGCUGCAGUGCGAGGUGUGGAGCCUGGUGUGUCUGUCGGUCAUCCUGGCCGUGCUCAUCCUCAUCAUCCUCAUCAUCUGGAGGCAGCCGCAGAAUGCCACCCGCGCUCCCUUCAUGGUCCCCUUCCUGCCCUUACUUCCCGUGGUGAGCGUGUUCAUCAACAUCUAUCUGAUGGUCCAGCUAGGAGGGGACACCUGGAUCCGCUAUGCCGUGUGGAUGGCAGUGGGGCUGCUCAUCUACUUUGGGUAUGGGGUCCGUCACAGCGUCCAGAAACAGAGACUGCUCAACAGCCAGGUCAAUAUCGAGACCAUCGAGGACAAAACUGAGAAAGACGGAGCCAAAGUGGAGAGUUCAACAUAACCCUCAGGAACCAGGAAGCUUGUCCGCAUGUCAAGGGCUCACACUAAGUGACACUGCUGGGUGCCAGUGGUGUGUGUGUGUGUGUGUGUGUGUGUGUGUGUGUGUAAUACUUUAAUACCGGGCAAGAGGAAUGUGGGUGUGUGUGUGCGAAUAUGUCUCUGAAACACUAUAAUUGAAGAGGGCUUCCUAUUGUCUUUAUAGGUCUAUUUUAUACUCUUUAUAUUCUUUUUAUAAGUACGCCUUUAAUCAAGUGUUUAUUUUAAAUCCAAAUGACGAUGCAAGACCAGAGAAUAGUGUAGUGAGUUGUAUGUGAUGUAGCCCGGAGCAGAGCAGAAGUGGUUGGCACAUGUUUACAUUUCAUAUGGUGGGUGUGGCCACUUACUUCUGAGCCAAACCAUAAUGACUAAUUGACUGCUCUAUAGCAGAAAAAGUAGAUAUUUAAAUAUAACCAAGACAAUGAUCAAAUAGAAACAAACAUAAUCAUGAAAUCUAUGU